ACCAAAGAAAUGGCGGCUUAAAAGAUUUCCCUCCCCCUUUCAAAAUUGUUCUCCAAGAAAACCCCAUUUUUCUUCUUAAUUAUUCCAGCAAGAUUGGGGAUUCCAAAGUUCGUUUCUUUUGGAGAUACAUAAUUCUUAAUCUCCUCGAAACUCCUUUUUUUUUUUCUGUCGAAACUCGUUGCAAGCUUUUAUUACCGUCUUUCUAUGGAAACCCAAACGUAUACUGAUAAACCAAAUGAUCUUUCUCCUUCUCAAAUCGAUCAGGUUCCGUCUCUAGUGCCCGAUUCUUUAUCUGGGUCAUCAUCUUUUUCUCCAAUGGUGGCUGUUAAUGAUUCCCUUGAUCUUGCCACCAUGUUAGAAAGCUUCCUCGAAGAUGAAACGGCGGUGAAUCCUGAAGGUCUGAACGUGCUUUCGUUAACGUAUCAACAACCCCCUUCGUCUUCUUCUGAUGAAUACGAAUUGUCUCAGAUUCUAGCUUUACUACCUUAUGAUUCUAAGCAACCCCAUGAUCCUUGGGUUCCUUCUAAUGAAGGUUUUAGAAUUGCAAAUGAACCAACUGGAGUGGGUGCAGGGCUGGAAAAUUUGGGUAACACGUGUUUUAUCAAUGCCGUGUUACAAUGUUUUACUCAUACUGUUCCUUUUGUUUUGGGUCUUCGGUCUUUGAAUCAUCAUGAGAAGCCUUGUCAUCGGAAUAUUAAUAGCUUUUGUUUACUUUGUGCUGUUCAUGAUCACAUUGAGCUUUCAUUGAAUUCAUCUGGAGGAGUUGUUUCACCAUCUAAAAUUUUUGACAAUUUGAGCUAUAUCUCACCUAGUUUCGAGAGAUAUCAACAAGAGGAUGCUCACGAGUUCCUUCAGUGCUUGUUAAAUAGGCUUGAAGAAUGUUGCUUGGACUUAAAGCUAAAGGAUGAUUGUUCGUCUUCUCCGGAUAUUUGCUUAGUUAAGAAGGUUUUUGGUGGUCAACUUGUUAGCAAACUAUGCUGUUGCAAUUGUGGUCACAUUUCUUACAGUUACGAGCCCUUGAUUGAUUUGAAUUUGGAGAUCGAAGAUGUUGACACCCUUCUGAGUGCUUUAGAGUCUUUCACCAAGGUGGAAAAGAUAGAUGAUCUGGUUGCAAAGUUCAGGUGUGAGAAUUGUGAAGACAAGGUGUCUGUUGAAAAACAACUUAUGCUAGACCAGGCUCCUUCGGUUGCAGCAUUCCACUUGAAGAGAUUUAAGACUAAAGCAACCUACGUCAAGAAGAUCGACAAGCACGUUGUUUUCCCAUUAGAGUUGGAUUUGCAGCCUUACACUAAUGUCAAUCAGACAAGUAAUAAUGAGGAACUGAAGUAUCAGUUAUAUGCAGUCGUGAUGCACUCUGGAUACAACCCUACUUCAGGACAUUACGUUUGUUACAUUCGGUCCUCUCCAGAUACGUGGCAUAAUUUGAAUGAUUCAAUCGUUACUAGUGUUGAGGAAGGAGAAGUGCUUUCUCAAGAAGCCUACAUUUUGUUCUAUGUUAGGGAGGGUAUACCUUGGUUUUCAACUGCAAUAGAAGUACAAAAGCCUUGUACAGACCUUGGUACUUCUGAUCCUUCACCAAAAUCCGUUCUUGAUAAUACUGUAUGCGUCUCCGAUCUCCAACCAGUAAAUAAUACCGAUGCCAAUGGCUAUGAAUCUAAAGUUGUUGCUGAUGAAACUUCAAUUCAGUUCUCUUGUGAAACACAAUUGAUGCUUGAGCUUGAUGAACCAUGUGUUGUUACCAAGGGGAUUUCCGGACCACUUAGUGAAUCCAAGCCAAAGUCUAUUGAUUUGAGCGAUGAUAGUCCGAUAAGUAUAUCUACUGCAUCCAAUCUUGGGGAAAACAACAGCAAUCAGAGUACUUUCCCUCGAAUGCCAUUCAGAUCUCAAUUACCAGUACACACUCCACUUUUCCGUUCGAAAGAGAAGAAGUGUGCCAUUAUUCGAAGAAGAGCAGUCAAUAGGCCUAGGGUGCUUCAUAGAAGAAGUGAAGCAAUGAGACAUGUUAAAAGAAUGUUGAAUCAACGAGGUAUGAAAUCCAUGGCUCUGUUGGCUUUACAACCUGUUGGUAAAAUGAAGAGAAGAAGAUGAUCAUCUACUCAGAAAAGGGUCACCCUUUGUCAGUAUGCAUGACCAUAAUCGAUCUCAAAGGUAAAAACAUGGAGUAUAUGAAGUCCAUUAUAUCUUUUAUGCUGAUUUUGGUUGUAUGAUAUGGCAUAAAGGGUUCCAUUUUUUUAGGGGACAAUGAUGGCUAAAGGGGUUGAUCUUGCUGGUUUUUUUUUUUUUUUUCUCACUUUUUAGUAAGGGAAAAAUGUAAAGUUUGGGAUUUUAUUUGAGGAAGUAAAUAUUUCAAGGCUUU